AUGAAAUACACCACCAUUCUCGCUUUCCUUGCCGGCUCCGCCGCCGCCCUUCCUGGGGCUCUGGAGUCUCGUCUUGCCAGACGUGCCCGUCCUCGCCAUGAGUCUGCCCCAAACCGCAAAGACAACAGAUUCCCGCAGUACUCUUCCAAUUGGGCUGGUGCCGUUCAAAUUGGAAAGGGCUUCACCUAUGUUGAGGGAACCAUCACAGUUCCUGAAGUGAGAGGUGAUGCGAAUUCCGCGGCCUCGGCGUGGGUUGGUAUUGAUGGUGAUACUUGCCAAACUGCCAUUCUGCAAACCGGCGUUUCCUUCUAUGGUGAUGGCAGCUUUGACGCCUGGUAUGAGUGGAUUCCAGACUACUCUCACAGCUUCGCCAACUUUGGAAUCAACGUUGGCGACCAAAUCAAGAUGAUUGUUGAUGCUACGUCCAAGACGACUGGCACUGCCACUCUUGAGAACUUGACGACUGGUCAGAAGGUUUCUCACAAGUUCACUGGCACCCCUUCCACCUUGUGUGAGACCAACGCGGAAUGGAUUGUGGAAGAUUUUGAGUCGGGCGGUCAGCUCGUCCCCUUUGCUGAUUUCGGCACCGUCACUUUCACCGAUGCCUCUGCCAAGGGUUCUUCUGGAACCAUCACCCCCACUGGAUCUACCAUCAUUGACAUUCGCGACCCCAACUCCAACCAGGUCCUCACUGACUGCGGUGUAAGUGGUGGUGAUGUCACUUGCCGCUACACUGGCAACUAA